AUGAUUUCGUUAAAGUGUUACAUUUUAUUUGCAUUUUUAUUAGUUUUAGUCUCUAGUGAUGAUAAAAAAGAAACAACGGACGAACUUAAAAUUGAAUACGUAUCAAAACCGGAUGAAUGUACGGCCACAUCGAAAAAUGGAGACAUGUUGACGAUGCAUUAUACGGGAACGUUAGCCAACGGUACUAAAUUCGAUUCCAGUCGUGACAGAGAAGAACCGUUUACGUUUCAAAUAGGAGUAGGACAAGUUAUUAAAGGAUGGGAUCAAGGAUUGUUGGAUAUGUGCGUGGGAGAAGUUAGAAAAUUGACUAUACCUCCUCAUUUGGGAUACGGGGACAGAGGAGCCGGAAAUGUUAUUCCCGGAGGAGCCACUUUAUUUUUCGAAGUCGAACUCAUGAAAAUCGGUGAUGCUCCACCGACGACAAACGUUUUUAAAGAAAUCGAUGCGGAUGCCGAUAAACAAUUGUCAAGAGAAGAGGUUUCAAGUGCGGCGGAUGGUUCAGCAGAAGACGAAGAAAUCAAAAGAAUGCUCAACGAUCACGAUAAAUUAGUCGAAGAAAUUUUCCAACACGAAGAUUCUGAUAAAAACGGUUUUUUAUCACACGAUGAAUUUUCCGGUCCCAAACACGAUGAAUUGUGA